GUCUGGCUGUUGAAGCCAGUUUGUUCGUCCCAGUUGUUUGUCUGGCUGGCGUAACCCAGCUUGCUCGCCCCAGUCGUUUGUCUGGCUGUUGAAGCCAGUUUGUUCGCCCUAGCAGUUUGGCCUGACCGGCGUAGACCGGCCCGUUUGUUCCAUGACGUCUCGUCCACUCGGUGUAGCCGCCUGUUGUUCCUGCACGUACACGUUCCCUCCUGGUUCCCUGUCCUGUCCUACUCCAGCGCAGGCGCAUGCCGUCGGCCGGUCUGUCCGCUUGGGUGGGCUAUGUUAUUGGCGAGAAGCCGGAUCAUGCAGCAACUGCAACACGGAAGAGGGCUCGGGUGGCGUCGACGCGAGGACAACAGCGCAGUGGUGCAAGGACGCAGCCGGCCAGGGCCAGGACGAAGCCCGCCCGUUUCGCCUCCCCCUCCUCGGGGGGGCUCCUCGGCGGCUCUGAUACGGACGGCGACCACACAUCCCAGAGGCCCACUGCCGGCAUAGCGGCGGGUGGCACAGCGUCGCAGCCUCCACCCCUGUCGGCCGACGAUUGGACGACGCUGCAGGCGCUCAUCGCGCAGGCCCGGGGGCCCUCUCACGCCACAAGCCUUCCGGCCAUGGGGACCUCCGAGGCCGACCCUGCCGCGGCUGCCACAGCCGCCCUGCCCCCCUCCACCGACCGUCGCCCACGGGCCAGGGCCAGGGGGCAUACGUCGAGGCGACGUGCGAGCUCCUCCAGUCCGUCCUCCUUCGACGAGUCCCCCGAGGAGAGAGCGCCCCCCACUUUUUCUAGCCCCUGGCCGGGGCAACUACGGUCGACCACGGACUCCAGCAUCCCACUCUUGGGCGUGCACGUCCCGCAAGCCCUUCGGGAGAAGGUCUGGGCAAACAAGUAUGUGGACCUCGGGCACUUGCUUGCCUACGAGCGGGAAUCAGGUUCUUUCGAGUCCUACUCUGCGACAUCCCCUGACGCAAAGCAGCCUGAUAAGAAGCAGCCGCCCCUGACGCCGGACCAGUGGGCGCAUGGCCUUGACAUCUACGCCACUAUCUACGUCGAGAAGCACCCAGCGGAGGCUCAGGCGCUGUUUACCUAUGCGCGUUACGUGAAGACCAUGAAGACGACCCUUCAAAUCAUUAUAUUCAUUAGAGGAAUAUUAGGAUUUAUGAAAUGUUUCAUAAAAUUUUGUUUAUCAAUUCUUGUUAUGGUGAUAGACUAGUAACCAUUUAAAAAAUGCAUUUUAAUUGACAUAUUUUAGCAUUUAAUGUAUGUUACAUUUACAUUUGAAUAUCAAAUGCAUACAUGCAUCUCUCACUUGAGGCAGCAACACUUAUCAUUGUUAAUCUAGUUUGGAUGCAACAUGGGUCCCUGAGUCAGUCAUGUGACACCACCAGCAUCACCUCUGCUUCCUCUUUUCUUCCUUCUUUGUGUACAUUAUUAAGUACAGUGACAGAACACUUAAUCUGUCUUCGUUAUAGAAUAAUCCAUGUCUAUGAUGGAACCCUUCGUAACUAUCUCCAUUAAAGAACAAUUCAUU